AUGUUCGAAAACCGAAUAGGACGUUGGGAAGAACAAUCUGCUCAACAUCCACUAAUUGUAUUCUAUAGGACCGAAAUGGAUGAAAUUACAGGUAUCGAUCUCAUAGGAAUUGAUACAGAUAAAUUGGAACUAAAUGAAGAGUUGAAAUACUCACUGGUUUGCAAUGGAAUCAACUUGGACGCUCCUAGAGCACUUUCACACGAAAGAGCUCAAGAAAUUAUUAGAAAUGUAGCAGGACUUGGAAAAGAGGAUCGAAACGAGAAAGUUAGAAACAACUAUGUAUUAACAGUUGACAAUUUGAGCAAGGUGCUUGUUAUUUACAACAAACUCAAAUACAGUUUACCAACCAUUUUGUAUGGUGACAAUGGAGUUGGAAAAUCAGAGCUGACCAAAUAUUUAAGCUCUGUUUUGGGCAUCAAGCUGAAACGUUUCGUUGUUAAUGAAGGCCACAGUACUUCCAAAAAUCUCAAAAUUGUUGCUUCUUGUAAUCCAUACCGUCUGAGAAGAUAUGCAGGAACUGAUGUAGAACAACCUUCUUCUCAAAAGCUUGAUAUCCUUAAAGAAAAUUUAAGAAAUCUUCAAAAGACUACUGGGCUAGAUAUUCAAGCCUUUGCUCAAUGCCUUGUUUACAAGGUUUAUCCUCUUCCAGUCUCUUUACUGGAUUCAGUUUUUAGCUUUGGGUCACUUAAAAGUGACAUUGAGCAGUUGUACAUUCGUGCUAUAUUACUAAUGGAAAUUAAUCAGGAAGACAAUACUAGGUCGGCAAGAUUCUUUGAUUGCUUUACAGAGCUGAUUUUCAUUUCACAAAACUUUAUAAGAAAGGUAUACAUGGAGCGCAGCGCUGUAAACUUGAGGGAUGUGAAAAGAUGCAUUAAUUUGUUUAAGAGCUUUUAUCAAUCUCUUGCAAAGAGAAACUCCUUGGAUUCAGAAUUUUAUUUAGACGAGUCAAAUUUCAUUAUUAAGAACUCCAUACUACUUGCUCUGGGUAGUUGUUACUAUUACCGACUUACUGCUCGUAGGGAAGAUUUCGUGAUAGAAAUUGAAGACUAUCUCCUUUCUUCAAACAAAUCUAGUACAUAUUUAUCCUAUCAAAAGGCGAUUUUAUCAACACACUCAAUGAGGAACAGCGUUUUUAUACAAUGCAUUUAA